AUGGAUAAGUUACAUAAGAGACAUGACCGACACCAAUAUGAUGCAAUAACUAAGCAAUGCUAUCUAACGGCUAUAACAGUUAGAUCUCAUAGCUGCAAAAAAGAAAAAUUAAGAAUCAAAGCAAAAGUCAAAAUACAGAUGAGAUUUGAUGGCCUCAGAUCUCUGACAAGAAAUUUUACAGAACUCUCAAUAAGCUGUUUCAGUUGUUGUUUAGUUGAGUUGCUAUGGAUUAUGCAUAUUCUCAUGCAUAGUAAUUUCAUUGGUUUGGCCAAUCAUAUUUCAGAAUUUAAAUUGAUCAGGAUGUUUCCUGCAUAUAUUUGCCAAUUUUUUUUUCCAUUGUUUCUCACUUUCUUCCACAAAGUCCAGCCUGGUCUUGAGAAAUCUUAG